GUCAAUAUUACAGGUACAAGUGGACCCUUACUUGGAGGACGCGAUGUGCUCCGUAUGCAACUUGCAGCAGGGACCAUACUUCUGCAGAGACCCGCUCUGCUUCAGAUACUUCUGCCGCGCUUGCUGGGCCUGGCAGCACCGCAACGUGAGCCAUAAACAGCUGAUGCGCUGGUCCAAGGGCGGGUCCGCGUCGGGCUCCGCCCCGCGCCACGCCCCACGCGCCGCCCCCGCCUCGCCGCCCGCGCAGCCCCCGCACACGCCACUAGAGACCGGCUACAAUGGGUAUGCUGCUUCUUGCGAUGGUACGACUUCGCCAAAUCCGAGUGAAUACGAAGUGGCGAGUGUUGCGCAGACGCACUUCGAGUCUACCAAGUUGAGUGACAAGGAGCCCUGGGAGUAGUCUAACUUACGACUACCCGUAUAUUGAUUGUUAUAGCCUGUUUGUUUUAUUGAUAUUUUAAUUGCUUUUCCAAUUUUUAAGUAACAAAGUUUAUGAUUAUUGUUCAAAUUA